AAAAAACACUUCGUCCUCCUUGGGGCGCUCCGCCGGCCUGUCUCUCUACACCUCGUGUGAAGGAGAUAGAAAGGCAACCUAUCCUAUCCUAUCCUACCGUUAGUUUUCCGAACAAUUGUUUCUAGCUGCAGGUACCUCAUAGGACAAGGACAGGGAUGCUUGUGUGCAGCGAGUCUUUCGUCGGUGCUCUUCGUCAAAGCAUGCUUAUUCGUAUAUAUAACCUGACCGCUCGCUGUCACUUUCAUUCGCAUAACAUGCCCGCUCACUUCAUUCACAAAAUAGAAAUCUAGCUUCAUUGUGCAUAAGGUUGAAAAUAAGGGAUUGUUCUCGGUACUGCUGCUCCGGUUGUCGUAUCACGUUUGGGAAUUCUUGUUUCUCGUCGUGGGCACAGCUGUGGCCAAAUCCGGAUUGUGUAUCGAAUUUGAGUGUCGGGGUGAAGAUCUUGUUUCUGGUGCUAGAAGCGAGGGCGCGGGAUCUUUAGCUCUAACUUUUUCUACAGUGAGAACUAGAACUGAUGUUAGCAUUAGAACGAAGGAGGAAAAUAGAUGCGUGGCAGUUUGGUCGCGAGACCACAGAGGUAAGCUUAUUUGGAGAAAGCUAGCCUGUACAACCAGUAUGCAACUAUUCGUGCUGGAUAUUUACAACACUGACAUUCAGAAUACAUGAAUGAUGUACAUGGCUUUUUACAAAAGUUUACUUUUGGUUAGCGUGUCUCUCACCUGUCGCGCAAAGGAGUGACACAUCUAGUUUGGUUAUCACCCCCUCUGGACCUUGAUGUCUACAUUAGUUCAAAAGCCAGACGCUUCAUAUUUUCGUGACAUAACCAGAUUCAUUCUUCUUGGACAUUGUUAGGAU